AUGGUCAACAUCAGCAACCUGUGGCAUUACCUCGCCCUCCAAUCUCCCCUGCACUCCACCACCCUCUCAGGAGACAGUUUCAACAUCACCACGAUGGGCCUCACAACGUACACGCUGCCCGCGCUGCCGUACGCGUACGAUGCGCUCGAGCCUCACAUCUCGGCGCAGAUCAUGGAGCUGCACCACAGCAAGCACCACCAGGCGUACGUGACCAACCUCAACAAAGCACUGGAGUCGCACGCCGCGGCCCUCGCGGCGAAUGAUGUCGCCGCCCAGAUUGCCCUGCAGCAGGCGAUUAAGUUUAACGGCGGCGGGCAUAUCAACCACUCGCUCUUCUGGAAGAACCUGGCUCCGACGGGGAGCGAGGAGACUCGUCCUGACGCGGCCAAGGAGCUGGUCGCUGCGAUUGAGAAGACAUGGGGAAGCUUUGACAGCUUCAAGAAGGCCUUCUCGGCCACUUUGCUCAGUCUCCAGGGAAGUGGAUGGGGUUGGUUGGUGAAGGAGGCGGGCAAUGGUGGCGGCCUGCGCAUCGUCACCACCAAGGACCAGGAUCCCGUUGUCGGGGGCGACGUGCCCAUCUUCGGUGUUGACAUGUGGGAGCACGCUUAUUACCUUCAGUACCUGAAUGGAAAAGCGGCGUAUGUCGAGAACAUCUGGAAUGUGAUCAACUGGGAGACAGCUGAGGCGCGGUUCUCGGGCAGGUCAGAUGAGAAGACUGAGCUGUAA